CUGGCGGCUCCGCCCUCCCUCCCCCAUAGCAUGAGCUCGCAACCUUCGAAAAAUCGCCGAACCUCGAGUGUCAUCGACCCGUACGCUGCGCCCCAUAUCUACUAUGGCGAGAGUCACUCGCAAAAACACCCCAGGGCCCGCACCUACUCGGCUAAUGUAGACCAAUCCUCGCGCAAUGCGCCCCUUAGCGAGGGCGUCACAGCUGGCCGCCGCAUCAGUCACGAUGAAAUCUCGCUGCAGCCCCGCCGCUUCAAGAUCAACGUCGACGAGACGCUCGAGCAGCUGCUGGCCCGCGAGGACUCGGAUCAAAACUACCAGAUCACCAUUGAUGACAAGGGCCCCAAGACGCUCUCGCUCGGCACCCUCGGCUCCAAUGCCUUCAAGAAGCACGAUGUUCGCGGCACCUACAUGCUGUCCAACCUGCUUCAGGAGCUCACCCUCGCCAAAGACUACGGCCGCAAGACCAUUGUCCUCGACGAAUCGCGCCUCAACGAGAACCCCGUGAACCGUCUCAGCCGCCUCAUCCAGUUCUCCUUCUGGGAUGGCUUGACCCGCCGCAUUGAUGGCUCCAACAUUGCAAAGGUCGGCGUCGACCCCAAAGACUGGACCCCCGAUCCCCGUCCCCGCAUAUACAUUCCCCAGGGCGCUCCCGAGCAGUACGAAUACUACACACGCAUUGCCCGCGAGCAUCCAGACAUGCGUCUCGAGGUCGUUCAGCUGCCACAGGACUGCGACAACGAAGCAUAUGUGCGCGACCUGAACAAGGCCCCUGGUCUUCUCGCCAUCGCCAUGGAAGAGUGGAUUGACCCCGAGACCAAGAAGAAGGACUUGAGAGGCCUGCCCUUUGUGGUUCCUGGUGGCCGCUUCAACGAGGUCUACGGAUGGGACAGCUACAUGUGCUCGCUUGGCCUGCUUGUCAACGACCGUGUUGACCUGGUCAAGUCCAUGGUGAUUCAUUUCUGCUUCUGUAUUAAGCAUUACAACAAGAUUCUCAACGCCAACCGCACAUACUAUCUCUGCCGUUCGCAGCCGCCUUUCCUGACCGACAUGGCCCUGCGCUGCUACGAACGCAUCAAGCACGAACCUGGUGCGCUCGAAUUCCUGCGCCAGGCCAUCUUGGCUGCCAUCAAGGAAUACUACUCGGUCUGGAUGAGCCCGCCUCGCUAUGAUCCCGAGACGGGUCUGUCCAGGUACCGACCUAGUGGGUUGGGAGUGCCUCCGGAGACGGAAGCCACGCACUUUGAGCACAUCUUGAAGCCAUAUGCAGAAAAGCACGGCAUGACUUUCCACGAGUUUGUCGAUGCGUACAACUAUCAACGGGUACACGAGCCUGAACUAGACGACUAUUUCCUGCAUGACCGUGCCGUGCGUGAGUCUGGUCACGACACUUCAUACCGUCUUGAGAAGGUUGCUGCGGACCUCGCAGUUGUCGAUAUCAACGCCCUUCUAUACAAGUAUGAAAUCGACAUUGGCCGCUGCAUCCGCAACCAUUUUGGAGACAAGCUGGAGAUUCCUGCUGAAUUCUGCACUGGCGACAUGAAGCCUGGCCAUAUUGAGAACUCGGCCGCAUGGGAGCGUCGCGCUAGAAAACGCCGCGUCCAAGUCGACAAGUAUCUCUGGGAUGAGGAGGCCGGUAUGUACUUUGACUACAACACGGUCAAGCACGAGCGUACAGGCUACGAAAGUGCCACGACUUUCUGGCCAAUGUGGUCCGGACUUGCCACGCCCCGCCAGGCUAGCAUUCUUGUGGAGAAGGCUUUGCCCAAGCUCGAGGCCUUUGGUGGUCUUGUAUCUGGUACAGAAAAGUCGCGUGGCGAGGUUGGUCUUGACCGCCCCAACCGACAAUGGGACUACCCCUUUGGAUGGGCACCUCAGCAGAUGCUUGCCUGGGUCGGCAUGCAGCGAUAUGGAUACGAUGCUGAAGCCCAGCGAUUGGCUUACCGCUGGCUCUUCAUGGUUACCAAGGCUUUUGUCGACUUCAACGGUGUCGUUGUUGAAAAGUACGACGUUACAAGAAAGGUGGACCCGCACAAGGUCGAGGCUGAAUACGGUAACCAAGGCAGCGACUUCAAGGGCGUUCCUCGCGAAGGUUUCGGAUGGGUCAAUGCAAGUUACGUCUACGGCCUCACACUGCUCAGUGCACACCAACGUCGUGCCCUGGGUGCCCUUACCGACUGGGAUACCUAUGCCAAGGCUAUGCAGGACCUUGGAAUGAUGUAAACGACAACCCUUCACACUGAGUAUACUCGACGUCUUCACCACCACAUGCAUCAGCGUAGAAUGUCUAGCGUUUGCCGUGCUUGUUUGUUCGUCUUUGGUUCGGCGGCAGAAUACAAUUUGGUUCGGUGCUCAUGCUCGAUAACGUAGCCACUGAGUUUGCUUGUCAUGGUAAUAGGAUAGGUUUCUCGGAAUGGCAGCCGGCGCAGGAUCAACCUUGUCUUCUUCUUCUUUCCCCCAGUGGUAGCCCAUCUGCUCAACGUCGCCUAUA